CGGAAAAAAACCUGGGCUGCCUGCCUGCCCCCUUUUCGCCCCCUCGGGGCUCUCGCUUCCUGACCAUUGCCAUCACAUCACAUCCUUGCACGCCCGCUCCCUCGCUCGCAGCCCAUCAUGUCGCACAACUACAAGAUGGAGCAACCAGGCUCCUACCAGGGACAGGCACCCUACAAUGGCGGUCAGCAGCAGCAAUAUUACGACCAAUCUCAGUAUCCGCCUCCGCCCAAUGGCACUGGCUAUGGGCAGGCCUAUCCACCCUCGGGCGACUACAAGAUGCCCCUGGCACCCGAUGGCUAUCAGGGUGAACGCUUCGAGCCGCAGAAGCCCAAGUUCCAAGAUAUCCCCUUUGCCAUCCUGUUUAUCCUCGUCUUUGGAGGUUUCGUCGCAACGAGCGUCAUUGCCCUGCGAGGCUUCAGUGCUAAGGCAUCCGACACUGUCUCGACGUCCGGUGGCCUCGCGACGACGCUCAAUGGCCAAACGGCUGUCAUCCUCAUGUUCUCGGCAGCGAUAGCGCUCGUUCUGUCGCUUUUCUACAUCUUCCUCGUGCGCACGUUCACCAAGAUUAUCCUGGAGGUCUCGCUCGCCCUGAGUGUCAUCACUUCGGUCGCCUACUGCGUCUACCUCUGGGUCAAGGGCCAAACGGCCGGCGCCAUUGUCAUGACGAUUUUUGCGGUCAUCUCCGUCUUGGCCUACUGGUUCAUGCGCAAGCGCAUUCCUCUGGCCAAGAUCAUCCUCAAGAGCAUCAUCAGGGCGGCUGACGAAUACAAGUCGACGUACGUCUUGGCCCUCUUCUUCCUCAUCAUCCAGACGGCCUGGUCGGUCUGGACUGUCUGGACGCUCAUUGCCGUCUACCAACGGUUCACCCCGGGUGCUGCGGGCGCUGGCAGCUCUGCCAGCUCCUCCUCGCGAACGGGUCUCGUAGUGCUGGUCAUUUUUGCCUACUAUUGGACUUCGGAGCUGAUCAAGGCCUUGGCCUACACGAGCGUGUCUGGCGUUUUCGGAACGUGGUUCUACAAUGCUUCGCCAAACAAGGUCAAGGGCGCCGCCAUGAGCAGUCUGCGUCGCUGCCUCACGUACAGCUUUGGAUCUCUCUGCUUUGGCUCUCUGAUCCUGGCUGUUCUCGACAUUAUUCGCGCUAUUCUCCAGAUUGUGCAGCAACAGGAGUCGGCCAAUGGAGACAUGGUCGGCGCGGUCCUGGCAUGCAUCGCCGGCUGUCUUGUUGGCUGCAUUGACUGGGCCAUCACGUUCUUUAACAGACUCGCCUACACCAACAUCGCCUUGUACGGCAACUCGUUCGUGACAGCGUCCAAGGAGACCUGGCAGCUCGUCAAGCAGAAGGGUAUCGACGCGCUUAUCAACGACAGCCUCAUCAACACCGUUUGGACUUUUGGCAGCUAUGCCAUCGGCCUGGGAUGCGGAAUUUUCGCGUACGCCUACCUGAGCAUCUCCAACCCGGAGUACGUUCAGCAGGACGGAAGCUACUUUUCAGUCGUCAUUCUCUUCGCAGUCGGCCUGGGCCUCAACAUCGCCCUUGCGCUGGGUGCCGGGACAAUCGGGGCGGGUUGCACGACGAUGUUUGUGUGCCUAGCCGAGGACUCGCAGGUCGUUGCUCAGAAGGAUCCUGAGCUCUUCGAAGCACUGCGCAACGCCUACCCCCAAGUUGUCCACACCGUCGAUCACGCAUAAAGGAUCACACUUUGCCGAACUUUACCUCUUAUCCUCGUCUUCUUUCACCCUCGCCCUCACUUCGACCUAUAAAUGCUUUCUGCUCGCAAACCUCGAUACACCCCUUUCUUUCCUGUCUUUGUCGAAUAGAAAUCUAAUUGUCUGAUUUACAACC